AUUCUGAUAAAAAAAGAUUACUUUCAUGUGACUCAAAGCUGGACAAAGAAUAAUUGAGUGGGGAAGGAUAAUUCAGUCAGAAGUUUUUGUCCUGUAUAAAUUUAUUAUAGAAUUAAGGGAUCUGUAGAGCCUAUAAGAUGAAAAAGUUUGUAUAGAUCUUACCAAAUGCAUUGCACUGUUGAGAUGUGAGCCAAGUUAUAAGUUAUUCACUUGGAAUCUUGGUUCCCCAUGUACCAAGCUUUUUUGAUAACUUCAAAGUGCAGGCAAAAAGAUUAUUUUGAUCAAUGAUAAUCAUGGAGAAGCAACUGGUGUAUUAUUUGUUUGUAUUGUUGUUAGUGCAAUCUUGCCAUGUCCAAGCUCAGAGGCCUCUUUUAGAUGUAACUUCAUCAGUUGCUCAUUCUAAGUCAAGUUCUAUGAGUUCAGAAGGCGAUUCGUAUGAGACCCUGUUAUUAGGUAAGCCAAGUUCUAUGAGUUCAGAAGGCGAUUCGGAUGAGACCCUGUUAUUAGGUAAGCCAAGUUCUAUGAGUUCAGAAGGCGAUUCGGAUGAGACCUUGUUAUUAGGUAAGCCAAGUUCUAUGAGUUCAAGAGGCGAUUUGGAUGAGACCCUGUUAUUAGGUAAGCCAAGUUCUAUGAGUUCAAAAGGCUAUGAGACCCUGUUAUUAGGUAAGCCAAGUUCUAUGAAUUCAAAAGGCGAUUAUGAGACCCUGUUAUUAGGUAAGCCAAGUUCUAUGAAUUCAAAAGGCGAUUCGUCCGAGACCUUGUUGUUAGGUAAGCCAAGUUCUACGAGUUCAAAAGAUGAGACCUUGUUAUUAGGUAAGCCAAGCUCUAUGAGUUCAAAAGGUGAUUCAUAUGAGACCCUGUCAUUAGGUCUGUAUAUUGCUAUUGUGGCAAUAAUGGUGGCUAGAGUAGUGUUUGAGAUUGUCAAGAACGUUUCAGCAUUUGCAAAAGCUUCCAGAGUAGAGGAAAAGCAGUCAUCAAAGUUGAAGUCUAUGGAUAUAGAGAUGGGUGUAGAACCAGAGGCUAAGGAUAAUAGUACACGCAAGCCUAUUUUGUAUUCUCCUGAAGUUGUAAAGGAAGCAACUCAAGGUUUUAGUCCAAAGUCCCAUAUUGCAGGCUCUGUGUACAGAGGCAUAAUCAAUGGCAGGGAUGUUGUAAUCAAGCAGAUGAAAGAGAAUGUGUCGCAUGAAAUGAAGUCCCUGCAGAAGGUAGAGCAUGAUAAUUUGGUGAAGUUGCAGGGCUUUUGCAUAAAUUGUGAGGGGAAGUCCUAUUUGAUAUAUGAAUAUGUUGAUAAUGAGUCUUUGAAUCUGUGGCUUCAUAGGCCAUCUGUGGGUUUUCAAGGUCUUACAUGGAGAACAAGAUUACAGAUUGCUCUGGAUGUAGCAACUGGGCUUAACCACAUUCAUGAGAGAACUGGCAUUGUCCAUAGAAAUUUGAAAAGCAGCAAUGUUCUUCUCAACAGAAAGCUCAGGGCAAAAGUUGCAAAUUUUGGGGCUGCAAGAUAUAUGGUGAAUUCAUCAAGGCAUGUAAGGGCUCAUGGAGUAUCUCCAAAGAUUGAUGUUUUUGCUUUUGGGGUUAUACUUUUGAAGUUGAUUUCUGGCAAGGAAGCCAUGAUCAAGAAUGGAGAACUGAGACAAAUAAAGUACUUGUUGGAAGGUCAAGACAGAGAAGAAAAGCUCAGGAAAUGGAUAGACCCAAAUGUGCAGGACACCUGCUCCAUAGACAGUGCAAUCAGUAUGGCCCUCCUGGCCAAAGCAUGCCUAGAUGAAGAUGUUGAAGCUAGACCAACCAUGAGAGAAAUUGUUUACAGGCUCUCAGAUCUUUUGGAUGUGUGUUUUGAGCAUCUGGAGUGCUCAUGAAUAUACUAGGAAGCAAGUCUAAAUAGAUAGUUUCUGAUUUCUGAUCUUUUGGGUCUCAUUCUUUGUCAAUUCAAUGUUAUGGACACCAUGACAGAUGUGCAGGUGUCUUCCAACUUGUGAACGAUAGAUAGUUUAGGUUCAGAACUCUCUUGCUUACUACCUUGCAAAGAAAUGGUCAAGGAAAGAUAAUCAUUUCAAUGUAAGAGAAAUCUGUUUUACAUCUUAUCUUUUUUGUUUUUAGAGGUAUGAA